UCUGCUCUGCCUGGCCCAGGGUUGUUACUCCUGCGGGCCCCCAAUUUGCAGGGCUCCCUUGAUGCCUCUUUCCAGGAAAGGUGGUGGUGGGGAGUCCCAUGUGUAUGUGUGUGCAUCUCUUUUUGCCACCAAGGGUCUGCUCCUGGCUUCAGAGGGCUUGUGGGAAUACUUCAGCCAAUUCGGGGAGGUGAAGGAGUGUCUGGUGAUGCGGGAUCCGCUGACAAAGAGAUCCAGGGGGUUUGGGUUCAUCACAUUCAUGGACCAGGCCGGUGUGAACAAGGUGCUGGCCCAAUCCAGACAUGAACUGGACUCCAAGACGAUUGACCCAAAAGUAGCAUUCCCCCGCCGAGCACAGCCCAAGAUGGUAACACAGACAAAGAAGAUAUUUGUGGGGGGUCUCUCUGUGAACACUAAUGUGGAGGAUGUGAAACAGUAUUUUGAGCAGUUUGGGAAGAUGGCACCAGCAGCACCCCAGGGGAGGGUAUAAGAUAGCUUUAUGAUGUGUGAAUGCCUUAACUUUUGGAGAGAAGAAAAUGGUUUGGAACAGAAGAAGAUGCCAUCACCAAUUGGCUGUGUCAUAUCAAUGUUGCUUUCAGGAAUUCUUUAUCACCUGUAAAGUUAGAUUCUUCUUCUUCUUCUUCUUCUUGGAAUGGUGCUGUCCGGUACCUUUGCUUUGUCUUGUGGACUGAUGGAUAUGUGCAUCCUGGGAUGAACAAAAUAUACAUCACAGUAACUUGCAGCUACUUAAUGCUUCCAGUCAGUCUUGUAAGAAAAGGGAAGUGCUCUGGGAAUCAAUAUAUACGUUAGACACUUCUUUACAUUUUUUUCUGUAGUCUAACACAGAAAGUAAAUGUGCUGUCUCCAUAUGUCCUGUUCCAUGGUGAUAUCUCUAGAGUACCAUUGCAGGAGUCAUGAGCCUGCACAAUGGCCACAGAACUGUUUUGAUCAGUAGUUAAAAGUCAGGGGCACAUUCCUCUCCAUUUAGCCUUAAGUUCCAUAGAGCACAAAUACUCCAUAUCUGGUAAUCGUCCCUCUGCCUUCCAAAUGGAGUAUCACAGAACCAACCUCUCCCUUCGGUCAUGUAAGACUUAGAGCAUUUGUACAUGUCUUAAUAUAUUUGUAUAGUUUGUUUUAGUUUGGAGAAUGCACACUUCUCCUUUCUAACUUUUUGACUGUUUUAUCAGGGUUAUCUUGGGCCUUGCUGGAGAGAAAAUGCUAUAAAAAGAUUGGCUUUAAAUAAUGUUCCUCUUGGCCUAUGUUUCCUGCUUCAUAAAAACACAAAAAGUGACUUUCAUGCCUGGGGAAAUCCUGUGAUGGCUUGUAAGGGCCCCUUCUAAAAGGACCAAAAGAGAAAACAGUAGAACUUUUUACUGUCAUAGGCUUUGGCGGCACAGUAUUCUAGGAGACCUUCUGUGGAGGAGUGUCUAGGGCUGUGUUAAUGUGUCUUUUGAAAUCUUCCUUAGGGUAUGUCUACACAGCAACAUUAUUUUGAAAUAAUGAGUGUUAUUUUAAAAUAACAUAGCCCACAUCUACACAGCAGGCAGUUAUUUCGAAAUAAUGUCAAAAUACUGUCAAGCUGGAAGAC